CCUGUUAUUCUCCUCCCACAGUUUUAUUUCUCUUUCUGUUCCUGCAGGAACUGCGACACCGUUAAUGUGGAGAGCCAAAGAGAGCAACAAUGAGAGUGAACAUCUGGCUGAAACGGAGUUACUAUGGAGUGAUAAGUGUGAUGGCGGUCUUCAUUAUUCUCUUGGUGGGACUCUCUCUUUUUGUUCAUGGAUAUUUACUAAAUGAUGAAGAGACAGAAAGUCUUAUGGGGCUGCAUUUCAUUUAUGGGUUUUCUGCUUUAACUCUGAUCCUCCUCAUCUUUGGUGCACUUGGUGCCAGGAAAGAGAAGAUGUGGGCGCUAAUAGUAUUUGCAGUGGGGAUGAUCCUGAUCUGUCUGUACCUGAUUGCAGGUGAAAUUGCUUAUCUGGUGUUAAAACCCCAGCUGGAAGCUGCCAUGAUGAGUCGAUAUUACAUCAUGCUGCCUCUCGCUAAUGCUACAGAGAGUGAAUUAGCUAAUCUCAAAUAUAAACAGGCAGAGUUGCAGUGCUGUGGAGUGGAGAACUACACAGACUGGGAAGGCAUCAUCCCAGAUUCCUGCUUGUGUGAYGAAAAGUCCACUAAUCCAUGUAUGAAUGCUCCAAAUGAAAACCAGACGGAAGUGGCGAUUUAUGCUAAGCCGUGCCUUCCAAUUAUCAUCGAAGUYGACAUGCAGUUCCUCCAUGCAGCGAAAGGCAUUCAAGUGGGACUGAUAUUAYUGUGGGUGUUAUCAAUAGGAUUGUGUGUUGGCGUUCUGUGUCAGAUUAAUAAGAAGCUGGAAACUCCUACUGUGGUCUACAGUUCAGAAGCAAAAGCAGGAAACUACACUUAUCUCACCGAAGCUCCAGACUCCUGUCCAACUUGAGUUUUUAUUGUUCUCUCUUUCACAUCAUAGAUAGAUAGAUAGAUAGAUAGAUAGAUAGAUAGAUAGAUAGAUAGAUA